UUUCCAUAAACUUCCCGAUCACAGGAUUCCCUUUUGCCAUCGACGGACGGAGCUCUAGGUGGAGGAAGAAAUCGAGGCCAAAAUUCAUCGUUUCUCUUUGAUCUCCUUGCCGGAAUCAUGUCCUCCUUCAGCGGCGAUGAGACUGCUCCUUUCUUCGGAUUCCUCGGAGCCGCUGCCGCCCUCGUCUUCUCCUGCAUGGGAGCGGCGUACGGGACUGCAAAGAGCGGUGUUGGGGUGGCCUCCAUGGGUGUGAUGCGGCCGGAGCUGGUCAUGAAAUCGAUCGUGCCAGUUGUCAUGGCAGGGGUGCUCGGUAUCUACGGGUUGAUAAUUGCUGUGAUCAUAAGUACCGGGAUCAACCCCAAAGCAAAGUCAUACUACCUUUUUGACGGGUACGCUCAUCUCUCCUCGGGCCUCGCUUGCGGUCUUGCAGGUUUGUCUGCAGGCAUGGCGAUCGGGAUCGUUGGCGAUGCCGGUGUUCGGGCCAACGCGCAGCAGCCUAAGUUGUUUGUUGGCAUGAUUCUCAUUCUCAUCUUUGCUGAAGCACUGGCACUCUACGGUCUCAUUGUUGGUAUCAUUCUUUCCUCUCGCGCUGGCCAAUCCAGGGCAGAUUAAGAUUCUCAAGCUCUACAUUCGGUAUCCACUGGUGACUUGGUCUCCAUGUUCAUAUUGAAUAUCCAUACAAUCGAGUUUGCUUUCUUGGUUUUAUGUUGCAUUCUGAGUAGAUAUGUCUGCUAAGAAAGUUUUCACAAUACUAUUUUUCUGUCAGCCACAUUGUUUUGGUCGAUAUCAUGCAAAUGGUCAUGUGUAUGUUAAUUGACAUAAUUUUUUAUCCGAUAAUGUUAUCCAUAUUUAGUUGAA